AUGAAUGAGUAGUAUAUUAUAUCGGCUUGAUUGAGGAAAGUUGUUAUCGAUGCUAAAAGUCAAGAUAUGAUCACUAAAAUGGUUGUUGUCGCCACCUCAUUUUAAAGAUAAGACCGAUUACUUGUUUCUUUCAACUAUUUAUUUCUAAUUUUUAAUCAAUCAAUAUUAAAUUAUUAAAACUUUAUAGUACAUUUUUAUAUUAUUAUAAAAUAAGAAAAAGGGAUUCAUAUUCAUAUUUUGACAACAACAAAAAAAAAAAAAAACAGAGAUUGAUUGAAAACAAUGGAAGGUGAAAAUGGUGUGAUCGAACACAAAGCAUAUGCACGUGUUGGUUUUCUCGGUAAUCCAAGCGAUGUUUAUUUCGGCAAAACAAUCGCUUUCAGUAUUUCCAAUUUCUUUGCCACCGUUAAGCUUCGUCCUUCUAAAGACCUCGUUAUUCAACCUCAUCCUACUCAUGAUCUUGUCAACUUCUCUUCUCAUCAUCAAUUGGUUGAUAGAUUGAAUACUGAGGGUUAUUAUGGUGGAGUUCGAUUGCUGAUGGCUAUUUAUAAAGUUUUUUAUAAUUAUUGUAAAGAAAAUGAUAUUCAACUUCAUCAUACCAAUUUCACUCUCUCCUAUGAUACCAACAUCCCUCGUCAGAGCGGACUUUCGGGUUCUAGUGGUAUUGUGUGUGCUGCCUUGAACUGCUUUCUUGAUUUCUACAAAGUCAGGGAUCUAAUCAAGGUGGAGGUGAGGCCUAACCUUAUCCUCGCUGCAGAGAAAGAACUCGGAAUAGUUGCUGGUCUUCAAGAUCGUGUAGCACAAGUUUAUGGUGGCAUAGUGUACAUGGACUUCAACAAGGAAAACAUGGAGAAAAUGGGGCACGGUAUUUAUAUACCAUUGGAUUUGAGUCUACUCCCACCUCUAUACCUUAUCUAUGCAGCGAAUCCUAGUGACUCUGGGAAGGUUCAUAGUAAAGUACGACAGAGGUGGCUUGAUGGUGACGAGUUCAUCGUGUCAUCAAUGCUUGAAGUGGCAAAUAUUGCGGAAGAAGGAAAGACAGCAUUAGAAGAAAAGGACUAUUCCAAACUAGCAGCUCUCAUGAAUCGGAAUUUUGACCUGCGAAGGUUAAUGUUCGGAGAUGCUGCACUUGGUGACCUUAACAUAAAAAUGGUAGAGGUUGCUAGAAAGGUUGGAGCUGCGUCGAAAUUUACAGGUAGCGGAGGAGCUGUUGUUGCAUAUUGUCCUGAGGGGACUUCUCAAGUAAAGCUUCUUGAGGAUGAAUGUCAAAAAGCAGGAUUUGUUUUGACACUUCUUGAACCUUUUCCUUCUCGUUUAAAUGAUAUUGACUUGAAAACCAUGAAUAUGUAAUGUACUAGUCUUAAUUUUGAAGGUUUGAAAAUUAGUUGAACUCAGAAGUAUACCCAUUCCAUUAAUUAUGGAGUUGGAAUUUUUAAUGAGAUUCAUAUGUCGUUUUUUUAUUGAUGAAUUAACAAAUGAAAACAUAUGGGUUGAAUAUGGUCCAAUUUAUUUUUGUUGCGA